GAAAUUCAUAACGAACUGUAAACACAGAUAAUCGGAUAAUCAAAGAUGUCGAGAGCCAGAGAACAGAGAACAGAGGCAGUGUUCGAGAAACAGAUCAAGUUCACCAGAAAUGGCAGCUUGAAGGCCCCGGCGAAGAGAUCAUCAUCGCAAUUGGCUCAUCCUUUCCGAUACUAUCUCAAGCGAUUCAGCGGGAGUAUGGCGGAGGCUCUGCGGAUGAUAUCUCCGGUGAAAUGCCGCAAACUUGACUCUUCAUCAUCGUUUUCGUCAUCAUCUUCGUCUUCAUCCCACUACAGCAGUAAAUCAUCGAGGCAGCAGGUGACGGUAGCCGGAAGCAAUUAUUCGUGUACAGCUUCAGCUCCUCGCCGGAAUUCAAUCGGAACUGACGAUCACAGAGCUGAAGCAAUAGAUGAUUGCAUCAAAUUCAUCAACGCCUCCUUGUCUAGAUCAAAGUCACUCGCUUCUUAUAUUUGAUUUGAUGAUAGAGUAUAUGACGGACGGAUAGAUAGGGUUAAUUUAUUGUUAAUUCAUAGCUCCUAAAUCCUAAUUAGUUUAGAAAAUUUAAUUUAUAUGUAUAUUUUGCCUCUGGGAUCAGUCUAUCAGAUCAACUUCUGAUCGAGUGGUGUGGAAAUUAAUCGAACGGUUGAUAUCAUUCUUUUGAA